AAUUCAACAUUUAACAAAAUAUACCGGUGUGCGUGGGUAUCAUUGUUCAAGUUUAAACAAAUAUUUGAAAGAAGGAUAUUUAUCUAGCGAGAUAAAAAUGUAAAAUGCUAUCAUAGUUGAAUGAGUAACACUUGCAAGUAUGACUGUAUGUAUGAUAAAAGCAAGAUAAUUUCGUAUGUAUGUGUUAAUUAGAGCAAUAUUAACGAUGUGAAAUGAUUUAAUAACGGAUGUUGUUAACGAAAUGCUAUACAUGUGUAGGCCUAUAAGCUAAUAAUGUUGUGGUUUGUGUGUGUGUGACAUUUUAGUGACAUUUGAGGGCUACUCGCGCGAGAAGUUUAUUUACACACUGUUUGUGACACAUAACUAUAAAUACUAACGCAUCAUUUGUGUAUACACGAAUGGGAGCAUAGGUAUUGCAAAAUACUUACACGCGCGUGAAUUGUAAUCAUAUUAAGAGCAUAAUUAUAACUUGUAUAAUUUAGUACAAAGAACAGAAACUGGAUAUUACUGAUUUCUCGGGGGUCAGAAUUUUGACAGUAUGGGGGUGCUUAAUGAUAGCAGGAUUACACCGUCAGGUUGUGGCUGACGGUUCUGUUGUAUAUAAUAUGGAGAAAAAUUGUGGGAGACUCAUUAUUUUGGCCAACUAUGGAAUUCCAAGUGCGGAAGUUGGGUUUUCGAGAAGUCCUACAUUUUUCGGAAGCCGAUCAUGUAAUCUUGGAAUAAGCAGCGGAAACUGGUGGGCAGGUUCAGUCACGUGGAAUAAAAUUAUAUUCCAAAUACUAGAAUUUAAGAAUGAAGGUGAAUCGUGUGUUGAAUUUAGACAAAGUACUGAUAAAGUCAAUUGGGAGAAAUCAAACAAGCCAAUUUCAGGACUCAAUAGUGAAUACUGUGGGAGCAACAGACCACCUAUAAAUCAGUCGUUUACUACAGAAAAAUAUAAUUCAUUGGUCAUUAAAUUUGAUGCUGCAAAUUAUUUAGAUGAUUCAUAUAUUUCCUUCAAACUUUUUCUCAACGUGCUUCAUUCGGAUGGUUCUUGCAAUGAUUAUGAAUGUGAUAACGGUAAUUGUAUUCCGACGGAACUAAAGUGUAAUGGGUAUAACCCAUGUGGCGAUAAAUCAGAUUGCCGACCCGACGACGGGCUUCCUAUAAAGACCAUAAUAUUUAUUGUGAUCGGCGUGGUUGCUGGGUUGGUACUGCUGGUACUCGUUGUAAAGUAUAUAAGAUGUAGUAAAGUGUGCAAAGAAAAUGAUACUGAAUCCGUCGUCGGCGGCGUCGUCGGAGAAGAAGAAGAAGAAGAAGCGACUGCUGCAUUACGGGAGAGAGACCGGGAGAGGGUCGGAGAGAGGGCGGACGAUGAACCGCCCAGAUAUAGUGCUGUUGUAGGACCUAGUGCCCCACCGUUACUGCCUCACACAGACGAAAUAAAUGGUAUAAUAGACGAAGAAGACAUACACCCGGACACUGUUUUAGCGCCUCCAUCUUAUGAAGAAGCCACUCGAGAAGAGAGUAAAUAAGUUAUCUCACCAUUAAUUUAAAUAGAAUUGAGUCAAAGAUUUGAAAUAAGUCCUCAAAUGAAUAUGUCUUUAUUACAACAGAAUGUAAAAGAUUUACUAUGCUUAAAUUUGAUAUUUGAAAAUAUUAAAAAUUGCUACAGAGUUUUUUUUUGUUAAUAAUUCAAUUUAAACAUGUUUUGACUUCACAUAAAGUAGAUAUGUUAUGUUUUAAAUUCUACACACUAUGGGUGGACACUCUAUGUAUACAUUUGUAUAUAGUGUCAUUAAAAAAGCUGACAGUUUUUUAAGAAAGGACCUGUUUUACUUGACCUAAUUCCUAUACAUAGUUUAUAGGUUCUUUUAUGUAAGUAAGUCUUAUUUAAUAAGCAUUUUACAGAUUUCAAUAAAUUUCUGCAAAAAAAAUGUUUUAUUCAAAAAUGACAUAGUGUAUCUUUAAACUUUGUAGACCAUAUAAUGCAAAUUCUAAUUAUUAUGUUUAUUAUAUUUGAGAGAUUUCUUCAGCAGUCUUGAGUUUUUUUUAAAAAAAAACCCGGCUCUACAUCUUAUUUUGCAAUGCUAUGAUAAAAAUACAUCAUACAACAAACUGUAUGUCACUUAUUGAACACACAUUUCUACAUUUUUAUUUUGUAUUCAUUUGUUUGUUAUGCAUGAUUCAUGUGUUUUAUUGUUAAUUCUUACAGUGUUUAUUGAAUUAGUCAUUUUAAUCAUUUUAAAUACUUACGAGGUUUCGUCAUUUUUUACAUUUUCAUGCAGAAGCAUUUUUAUAAAACAUUUUACCAUUUUUUCAAUUUUGUACUACAUGUACGUUGUACUUUGUAUUAUUUUCAUUUGUUAAAUCAAACUCCAUAUAAGCCGCGUCACGACAAAACCAACAUUGUGCGUUUGCGACCAGCAUGGAUCCAGACCAGCCUGCUCAUACGCGCAGUCUGAUCAGGAUCCAUGCUGUUCGCUAUCAGUUUCUCUACUUGUAAUAGGGUUGGUAAGCGAACAGAAUGGAUCCUGAUCAGACUGCGCGGAUGCGCAGGCUGGUCUGGAUCCAUGCUGCUCGCAAACCCAGUAUGUUGGUUUUGUCGUGACGCGGCUCAUAUAUAGUGUCGCAAUGUCAUCUACAGAGUGUAUUUCGUUAUAAUAAUGGAACAGAAUAUAGAUCAUUUUAUUUGUAUAUAAAUUAACAUACAUAAUGGUUAUGUUUUGAACACCGGAUAUAGAAGUAUAUGAAGAGAAAUAUUUAGUGAAAACCUAGAAAAACCAACUGUUAGAUAUCCUUAAUAUGAUGGUUAUUUAGCAAAAUGACUUUGCUAUUAUAAUUCAUAAUGAAUCUAGCUUUUCAUUUGUAUAAAAAAAGAAAUUUCAAGUCAAGCACAAACUACGAAAAAAGUGCAAUCUUUCAUAC